UCACUCUGUUUGGCCUCUACUUUUGUUUCAACGGGCGACGAUUUUCGAAACCAAAAGGAAACUCUUUGUUUCUGAGGGAACGGUUGUUCCUUCGUUGUCGAACUAAUUUCAUCGCUUCCUUCAGCUCCACUUCGAUUCCCGCCACUUCCUUUCCAGCAGAGUUUAGGUGGAUUUUGAAUUUUGGAGAUGGUUCUAGGAGUAGAUGGAAGAGGCGAAACAAGAAGAGUUUUGUCUCGAAAAUAAACAAUCUACGGCUGCUACGAGUUCCUCUGUCUCUGAAGGUAGUGGCUGCGCAGCUGCCAAGUCUCCUGGGAUGUGUAGUCCGGCACCAACAUCUCCUUCCCAUCGGAGAACCAGUGGCCCUAUUCGUCGAGCUAAGGGUGGUUGGACUCCUCAAGAAGAUGAGACGUUGAGAAAUGCCGUUGCAGCUUUUAAGGGGAAGAAUUGGAAGAAAAUAGCUGAGUACUUCCAUGAUAGAUCAGAAGUUCAGUGUCUGCACAGAUGGCAGAAGGUUCUCAAUCCAGAUCUUGUCAAAGGACCAUGGACUCAGGAGGAAGAUGAUAAAAUUAUUGAGCUGGUAUCGAAGUAUGGGCCUACAAAAUGGUCUUUGAUAGCGAAAUCUUUGCCAGGUCGCAUAGGGAAACAAUGCCGAGAGAGGUGGCACAAUCAUUUGAAUCCAGAUAUAAAGAAGGAUGCAUGGACAUUAGAAGAAGAAUUGGCCCUAAUGAAUGCACAUCGGUUACAUGGGAACAAAUGGGCUGAAAUAGCCAGGGUUUUACCUGGAAGGACUGACAAUGCAAUAAAAAAUCAUUGGAAUAGUUCAUUGAAGAAAAAGCUAGAUUUCUAUUUGGCAACUGGGAAGCUUCCACCAGUUGCAAAAAAUAGUUCCCAGAAUGGUGCUAGAGAUACUACUAGGACUCCACCUACUAAAAACUUUCCUCUUUACUCAAGUAAAGGGUCAGACUCAACUGCCCAAACAUCGUCGGGUAACACCGACAUGUACAAAUUGGAGGAAAGCAGUAAGGACCAGGUAGAGUCGUCAACGCCUCCUGAUGAAGAUAUGGUUGCUUCAACAAGUGGGGUUUUGAAUGAGUCUGCUGAUUCCAGACAUGCCAAUUGCUGGCCGGGAUCUUCAAAUAUCACGGAUCCAAGAUGCAGGAAAUCUGGGUCAACACGAAAGAAUGGGACUACGACUCCUGGUGAUCUGGAGAAUGAGAUUAGCAAAUUAGAUGAAGAUAAAAUUACACAAACACCUUCAAGAUUUGAAUCUCCGAAGUAUGGUUCACUGUACUAUGAGCCACCCCAACUAGAAAGUCGUAUUCCAGUAGAUUCUGAAUUUUUAAGCAUGUACAUGUAUGAGACAAAUAAUAGUUCAAUCGGUUCACCAAUCGGUAUCUUCACUCCUCCUUGUGUGAAGACUAGAGACUUGAGUAUACACAGCCCAGAGUCGAUAUUGAGAAUUGCGGCUCGAAGUUUCCCCACAACUCCUUCAAUAUUACGGAAGAGAAAGACAGAAACUCAAACUUGUCUCCCUCCUAAACAGACGCAGGAUGGGGAGACAGAAACAGUCAUCUCCCGAGAAUCUGGUCAAGAAGAAACACUUAAUAAUGGUGACAGCAUGAUGGGUUCACCAAAUGGAAGCUUAUGCGAGACUCCUAGUAAUGAUCAUGGCCCCAGCAAGUCAAACAGUAAGGCUUUCAAUGCUUCUCCUCCAUACCGGUUAACAUCCAAGCGAACGGCCAUCUUAAAAUCUGUGGAAAAGCAACUUGAGUUCGCAUUUGACAAGGAGAAGAACAACCAUGCUGUCCAGUCAGUAGAAUCAAAUGGAAUCUCUUCCAGAUAAAGGAUUCUUUAGCAAACACAAUAAGAUGGCAAAUUCUGAACUAGCAACGGAGUUCAGGGUAAAGCAGCGCAUAAAAAAGGGCUGGUCGGUCAAAAGUCCCGGCAAGUCAAUAUCGCGAAAAUGCUGUUUCAGUGUUUCUUGAAGCAGCAAUUGGUCUCGAAAAAAGAUGAUUCGCUUUAGUUCCUUCGUACAUAUAUUAUUUUGAACUUAUUUGUUUUACAGUUGCAGAUAGGCCUAACGGUUUUCUAUUUUAGUGUUCACGAAAACAUGUUUCAUUGUACACUUGGCAAGGUUUGAAUGGUUAGAAUUCUGAUACUUAUGAAAUAAAAUUUGAUUUUUCUAA